AUGUCGGGCAUUGAGGUUGUGGGCCUCAUCUCUGCCGUCGUAGGGAUCCUAACGGCCAUUAACGAUGUGUACGACGGCCUCAAGGAUGCUGCAAAUCUACCGGAGGCAAUUCGCAAGGUGGCAGAAAGGCUCCCACUAGUUCGGAGCAUACUCGAGUCUGUUGAAAAACACAUUGCGAGUCAUCCCGACGAACAGGCCUGCCAGGCCAUGGAGACGGUUGUGAAGAAGUGCAAGAUCAACGCAGAACGUUUACAGGAAAUAUUCAACGCCGUUGCUCCCUCGGAGCCUCCAUCUAAGCGCGACCGCUAUCGUGCGAUCGUGCGGGGUUGGGGUAAAGGACAGAUGGUGGAAGUCUUGGCCAAGGAGAUGUUGGAUGACGUGCGACUCCUAGCAGAGAAGCACGCGGUUGGAGCAGCAAGUGAAACCCAGAUUGAGCAACUCCAGAAAGCUAUCGAGGAAAUCUCCAAGCUAAGCCCUUCUCUGCCGAACGAGGGCUCUGUCACUCAGAGCCACUCAGGCUCAGGUGACAACAUUACGGGGAAUAAGUAUGGGGGUAAUCACAAUGUGAGUCAAGGCUCUGGAACUGUAUACUUUGGCAAUGUUUCACAACAUGGUGUGAAGUAG